AUUUUUCCCCUGGCAGGUGAUAUUUUGAUUAAAAUUGGACACGCUAACGUUUUAGGAUGGACACUGCGAGAGCUUUGGCAACUUUUGCACAAUAUUCCCAUAGGAACAGUUCUACAGAUCAGGGUUUACAGAGAUUUUGUUGAAGUACCUCAGUGCUGGCAAAAUGCACUUGAAUUAAUUCCUGAAGUAAAGCCUCCUGUGAAGACAGACAUUUCAAGUAAAGACAGUGAGACAAAAGACGACACAUGGACAAGUAGUGAUGAUUAUGAAGACGUGGACUCGGACAGAAGUUUUAGAUACAAAACUACACAAUCAUUUUGUUAUGAUUCUACCAAAGAAUUGCCAUCAAUAUCAAAAACGUGGCAUGCAUUCAAAAGAAAAAAACACACAUUUACUGUAGGUGCUGACAUUGGAUGUGAUAUUAUAAUUCAUAAAGAUUUUGAUGCAUGGUAUAGUUCUGACUUUGCUACUGAUGGCAUUAGAUCUUCAUACUGGACUAUGGAAACACAUGACAGUGAAUCAUCAUCAUCCUCUUCCUCUAUAUCAGAUGCAUUUUGGCUUGAAGAGUUUGCCAGUAUUUUGGAAUAACUGAAUGGUCACAUCCAAUUUUAAGCCUUCAGAAAUUGGAUUUUUCUGAAGCACUUCAUCAGCUGAAGGUUCACUUUCAAAAUAUUGAUUUUAAAAUUAGUUAAAUUGAAGAUUUAGCACAGCACGCCUUGACUGCCUAGGAUAUUUGGAAAUCUGGAUUCUAAGAUGAUAGCUGCUACCCAAAGCCACACUUCCAGAUCAUAAAGAAAAAACCUGCUAAAAUCUCCAUCAAUCCUAUUUGUGAAGGGAACAUUAAACAUGCUGCUUCGGUGAGUCCAGUGAUCAAGGUACAGCAGGCAAGUGGUAGAGCUGCAGUAUAUUGCUUUUAAAGGUAAGUUUGAUAAUUUACUUAAGGUAGAUAUGGCGCAAAUAGUAAUUUUACCAACAACUAUUCUUGAAUGUGUUGAGGAUAUAUAGCUGGGAUAUUAACUGUG